AUGGAGAAGGCGAGUCCGAGUUCAGGGUUAUGGAGAACACAGUCUGACCAGCUAAAGAAAUGGGUAGAGACAAUGAAAUCCCCGGUGUCAAACGAGGCUACCAAAGAGCCAGAGAGCUACACGCUUUCAAGAAAGUCGAGCAGAAAUCAAGUGCUUGCAUCUCCCGGAAGAAGCACACACAUUAAGAAAGGGAAGAGUGUUCAGAUGAAGUUUGAUUUCGAUGACGUUGGUAGCGGGGCCGUCUUGAGCCGAGCCUCGAGCGCUAGCUUAGGGAUCUCGUUCUCACUUGCUGGAUUCACAAUACCCCCUGAUGAAAUAGCGGAUUCAAGAGCUUUCAGCGACGAUGAUAUUCUUGAUCGAAUAACGGAAGACAUUGAAGCAGGCACCCGUAAAAAGUUCCAGACAGAGCCUACAUUGAAAAUCCAUCUAAAGUUCACAGAAGUGACAUACAAGAUAAUAACCAAAGGAGUGACGUCCACCGAAGAAAAGGAUAUUUUAAAUGGAAUAACUGGUACAGUUAAUCCAGGAGAAGUUUUGGCGCUCAUGGGCCCAUCGGGAAGUGGAAAAACUACGCUCCUAAGUUUGCUUGGAGGCAGACUGACAGAUCCUAACACGGGAGGAUCAAUCACUUAUAAUGAUCAGCCGUAUUCGAAGUUGCUAAAGAGCAGGAUUGGGUUUGUGACACAAGAUGAUGUUCUUUUUCCACAUCUAACGGUGAAAGAAACUAUAACGUAUGCGGCUCUUUUACGACUACCUAAGACAUUGAUGAAACAAGAGAAAGAAAAACGGGCAGCAGACGUUAUCGGUGAACUUGGGUUGGAGAGGUGCCAAGAUAGUAUGAUUGGCAACUCCUUUGUUCGGGGAGUUUCAGGUGGAGAAAGAAAACGUGUUUCCAUCGGAAACGAAAUCAUAAUCAAUCCUUCCCUCCUAUUCCUUGAUGAACCCACCUCUGGCUUGGAUUCUACAACUGCUUUGAGAAUCAUCGAACUAUUACAGGACAUAGCAGAGACCGAGAAGACAAUAAUUACCACGAUUCACCAACCAUCUAGCAGACUUUUCCACAAGUUUGACAAAUUAAUCCUCCUUGGGAAAGGGAGCUUGUUGUACUUCGGGAAAGCCUCAGAAGCUAUGGCGUAUUUUUCAUCGAUAGGAUGUUCUCCCAUGAUUUCCAUGAACCCAGCGGAAUUUUUGCUAGAUCUUGCAAAUGGAAACAUGAAUGAUAUUUCUGUUCCAUUUGAAUUAGAGGACAAAGUACACCUAGGAAAUUCAGGAAGAGAAACAAGGAAUGCGAAACCUUCUCCCAUGAUUGUGCAUGAGUAUUUAGUCGAGGCCUGCAUAGCAAAUGUCGCCAAAGAAACUAAAAAGAGGCUUACGAUUCCUAACUCAGUUGAUCAAGAUGAUAAGUCAAGCUUACAGUCUAUGAAACGAGAAUGGGGAACAAGCUGGGGAGAACAAUAUUCCAUACUGUUCAGGAGAGGGAUUAAAGAAAGGCAACAUGAUUAUUUCAGCUGGUUGAGAAUAACACAAGUUAUUGCAACCGCAGUCAUUUUGGGACUUCUUUGGUGGCAAUCAGAUGUUCAUAGCCCCAAAGACUUGCAAGAUCAGGCAGGGCUGUUGUUUUUCAUUGCUGUAUUUUGGGCAUUUUUUCCGGUUUUCACGGCAAUUUUCACAUUUCCCCAAGAAAGAGCAAUGCUGAAAAAGGAGAGAGCAGCAGACAUGUACAAGCUGAGUGCAUAUUUCAUGGCAAGGACAACAAGUGACCUUCCACUAGAUCUUCUUCUUCCAUUACUCUUCCUCCUAAUUGUUUAUUUCAUGGUGGGGCUGAGACCAACUGCUGAGUCAUUUUUCCUAACUAUGCUUAUAGUCUUCUUGUGCAUUGUUGCAGCUCAGGGACUUGGACUGGCUAUUGGUGCUGCACUAAUGGACCUGAACAAGGCAACAACUUUGGCUUCUGUAACUGUAAUGGCUUUCAUGUUGGCUGGUGGGUAUUUCGUGAAGAAUGUUCCAAUAUUCAUAUCAUGGUUAAGGUACUUGUCUUUCAACUAUCACACAUACAGACUUCUUUUAAAGGUGCAGUAUGAAAGCAUAAGCUCCAUAAUUGAUGGGAUAGAACUAGACAGUGGAUUGAAGGAAGUUAGUGCCCUGGCAGCCAUGGCACUCGGCUACCGUAUCUUGGCAUACCUGUCCUUGCGACAUGUGGCGUAGAUGAAUGUUUUCACAAUCAACAAUUACUUCAGAGAGUUUUUUUUCUUUUUUUGCAUCAUACUGAUGCAAGAGGUAAGCAUGGGGAAUAGGAAAGAACACAAGUAUUCAUCCUCAUCUACGAAGCUGUGAAAUCACGAUUUACUUGCUAUUCUAUGCCGUGAGAGUUGUAACUAAUAUGUGGAUUGAUCUUGAUAUCUGACAUUACCAGAAGUUACUUAUAAAACUACAGAUAAUGAACUGUGAUGUCAACCCUUCAAGUUUGUAAAAAUCUCCACUUCAAGCCCUUCUAAUAACUAUGUAUAUAUGUAAUACAACUAGUGCCUUGGAGUUGG